GCGCUCUCCGCCACAGCUGGGCUCGUGCACGGAGGGUCGGCGCGCACAUAAAGGCUCGCGCUGCUGCUCUUUGACGUUUUCAUUUCAUCCAGAAGAAGAAAAAGAAGAAGAAGAAGAAGAAGCAGGAGGACGUCAGCAACAUGCAGAGUCUCCUGAGGCUCCUAUUGGUUCUUGUGACGCAGCUGAUACCUGCACAGAUGCUUCACCUUCCACCUGAGAGUAACUCCACAGGUAACACAGUGAUGACGUUCAAGGAGGUUCUGGAGAAGAGCCAUUGUCGGCCGAUGGAGCAGCUGGUGUAUGUGGAGCAAGAGUUUCCAGAGGAGGUGGAGUUUCUGUACAAACCCGCCUGUGUGCCGCUCUGGAGAUGCUCCGGAUGCUGCAUCAACGAGGAGCUGGAAUGUCAUCCGACGCUUGAACGCAACGUCACUCUGCAGAUGAUGAGGAUUCUCCCCCCGGCGUCUGCACAACCUGUCGAACUCACAUUUGUAGAACAUCAGAGAUGUGAAUGCAGAGAACGGCAGCCACUUCAAAAUCAUAAAAGCAUCACCGAGUCUAUCAAGAACAGACCUCGGAGGCAGAAACACAAGAAGACAGCGAGCGACUGUGAAAAGUGCCAGUCCCCUCAAAACAAGAUAAAUCCUCACUGAAUGUGGAGGAGGGGCUUUGGAGAUUUAACACAUAUGCACUGAUCAUAUCUGACUGUUCGUUCUGUCUGCGCAUCAAUCCACAUCAAUCAAGACUUCCUAUCUUCUCCUUGACAUUCUUUUCUUUUUUUGAUUAUCAAAGCAAUAUACAGAUGAAUGACAAAUUAAAGGAAAAACUAAUAUAAAGUGCUGCCAGAAUAGCAUCAAGUGCUUCUUGCCGUUAAUUCUCUAUGUCUGUGAAACUCUACUGGAAGAAUGAACACCAUUCUUUGAAAAAAAAAAAAAGGGCUCAUCGGGUGUUUUGGACAGCUGUCUAACAUAUGUUGGGUUGAAAUCUGGUGACUCUGAAGGCCACAGUAUAUGAAUCCAAGGAGCCUCAGUACAAAAGCAGCUGGAUUUGCUUUUUACUGAAGUUUCCAAGAUUGACUAGAACCUCCACAGACAUAGUAAGACAGCAUAUGAUGGUCAUCAUUUCCAUCAAACCAUUCAGUAACCCAUUAUACCUUGUGCAUGGAAGAGACUGAAAUGUUCAAUCACAGCAUAAACAUCCAUCCAUCCAUCCAUUCUCUAUACACCGCUUUAUCCUCACUAGGGUCGUGGGGGGUGGUGGAGUCUAUCCCAGCUGACUCGGGCGAAGGCAGGGGACACCCUGGACAGGUCGUCAGUCUGUCGCAGGGCUACAUAUACGGACACACAAUCACUCUCGCAUUCACACCUACGGGCAAUUUAGAGUAACCAAUUAACAGCAUAAACAUGAUCACUCAAAAUGACUUUGUAAUGAUUUGCAGGGAACAAGUUGACCCAAACUAUGCCCCCCACAGAGCCACCACAUCCCCUCUCUGUAGGGGUCAAGGGUUCAGGUAUUUACUUUAAUUUGUCACUCGUCUGUAUGUCCGCAGACACCUUUUGGCCUUGAACGCAAUUUUUCAUUAACCAAAACCAAUGUCAGUUUUAUUUUUAAACCUAGCUGUUCUAGCGUGAGGUGUUGAAAAAACACAUACAUAACAGAUACAAAGUAGCCAUAGAGAUAAUGGAAUGCUUCAGCUUUUCAGUCGCCAGGGGAAAGGAUUAACGCCUCCAUCUAUUCCUAAGUGUUCGCUGAUUAACUGUCAGAUUAAUGGUAACAUUCACAUGGAGGCCAGACUCUUCUCCAUGACUCAAUGUUUACAUUGCUAUGACACCAGUUCUAUUCUGAUGAAGGAAAUAUAUUAUCUGUUUGUAUACAAGUUGUUAUUUUUAUAGCAGUGCCUUUUGAUGAAUGCUCUGCCUAAUUAUGAGGAGUGAUACGCUUGUGAAAUAAAAUUCACUCCAAAUACAA